AUCUAAAAGUAAACUGAGAUGAAGGUUAGGGGAGGAUUUGCACAAAACCAGAUAAAUAUCACAGUUCACUCAUAUUUAAGGAUAAUAUUGUCAGCUUUUCAGUAAACUGAUGAGGGAAAUGGCAAUCAAAUUAGUUUUGUUCUGUUUGUGUUUCUGGCGUCUGGAUGCAAAAUAUUAUUAACUUCAAAUUCAAAGAUUUAAAGUAUUUUAGUGAUCAAACCAACAUCAAUGUUCUGCAGAUGUGUUUGGUCGGGAAAUGAAGUUAAUGAAAACGGGAGAUUCAGUCACUCUGAACUCUGAUCUUUCUGAAAUGAAUGAUGAUGAUGAGAUUCAGUGGAGGUUUGGAUAUAAAAAUACUUUAAUAGCUGAAAUCAAUAAACGGGCCGACAACAUGACUAUAUAUGAUGAUGUUCUUGAUGGGAGAUUCAGAGACAGACUGAAGCUGGACAAUAAAACUGGAUCUCUUACCAUCACAGACCUCAGAACGGAACAUACUGGACUUUAUGAACUUGAGAGAAAACGUUUGGGGAAGAGUUUCUCUCUUUUUAUCAUUGAUGAAAUAUCAACGAAGAAGGGAGAUUCAGUCACUAUAAACUCUGAUCUUACUGAAAUAAUGGACAACAAGAUUCAGUGGAGGUUUGGAAAUGAAAACACUUUAAUAGCUGAAAUCAAUAAACAGACCGACAGCAUGACUGUAUAUGAUGAUGUUCUUGAUGGGAGAUUCAGAGACAGACUGAAGCUGAACAAUCAAACUGGAUCUCUGACCAUCACAAACAUCACAAUGAAACAUCCUGGGCUAUAUGAACUACAUAUCAACAAUAAGAAAAAGAGGUUCCUUCUCGCUGUCUAUGAUGAAAUAUCAGUGAAGGAGGGGGAUUCACUCACUAUAAACUCUGGUCGUACUGAAAUAACAAAGUCUGAAUCGAUUGGGUGGUUGUAUAUGAAUGAAAUUACUUUUAUAGCUAAAACCUAUGCAUGGGUCAAAAAUUCCCCAGUGUAUGAUGAUGUUCUUGAUGGAAGAUUCAGAAACAGACUGAAGCUGAACAAACAAACUGGAUCUCUUACCAUCAAAAACAUCACAACUCAACAUGCUGGACGUUAUGUACUCAUGAUAAAUAGAGGACAGAUAAUUCGGUUAUUAAGAGCUUUCAGAGUUUCUGUCUAUGGAGAGUAGAGAGCAGAUUCAAAAGAGCUGAACAAGAGCAAGCACAUAUUCACAUAUCAGAAACAUAAAGGAUGAUGUUAUUUCUUAGAUUAUUCCUCUGAUAUUGAUGUGGUUAAUUUUCAAAUUCUCAUAUAUGCUCAAGUGUCAAAUGCAAGUGUUUGUCAUGGUCAAUACUGAAGAUUACCAAAGAUCCUCGCAUUCAGUAAUUUUUCAUAUUUGAUUUCAAAUGUUCCUCUCUUGCAGUGUUAUUAUUGUACACAUUCAGUUUGAAGGCUUUGUUUAUAUGUCUGUCUUAUUAGACACACAGAUCUCACUUUUCUGUCCAUUUGUCAUCUGUAUUUGCUUGCCUUUACCAAUAAAGUGUUCUCGCUCUGA